UAGUUGGACUAAAUGAAGAGGGCAACUUUUGGCCAAUACGUUGUAAUAUGUAAUACCAUAAAUACAAUUCCCCUUGUCUUACCUAUGGAAUACAUUCUCCAAUUCUGCACCCCAUCCCAUUGUGACUCACCGGCGUCUCCAAGGCCGAGCUGUACUAUUGUAACAUCCAUAACUUCAAAAUUUGGAGUUUCAAGUUUGAACAGCUCUUCAAGUAUUAAGAAAAGAAUCUUACUCAAAUCCAAAACAUGAGCCCAACAACCAUCCCCAAAGACGUCAAAGAACGCAUCAAAGCGUCUUACGACGCCAUCGCACAGAAAUACAAUCGAUGGACACAGCUACACACCCCUCUACGGCUAGAGUACGUAGAAAAGCUCUUUGAACUUCUAUCCACUACCCCUACCCCAGGUCCAGGUCCAAGUCCCGUUCCUGCAUCACAACCCCACUUCCUUGAGCUCGGCUGCGGCGCCGGGCUCCCCAUCACGCAGAAGCUACUCUUGUCAUCUCCCUACCCGGAAGCCCGCGUCACCGCGAACGACAUAUCCGGCACGCAGAUCGAGCUCGCCCGGAGCAAUCUCCUCCUCGGAGUAACCGAGGGAGGAGGGGAUGCCGAUGCCGAUGCCGGAACCUCAGAGCGGUUGACGCUUGUCGAGGGUGACAUGACGGAGCUGGUGUUUCCCGCCGCGUCCUUCGACGCCGUGCUCGCAUUGUACAGCUUGAUACACCUGCCGCGCGCCGAGCAGACGGACAUGCUUGGGAAGAUCGCGCGGUGGUUGAAGCCCGGCGGGUACCUGGUGGCCAAUUUUGCCGAACGCGGGGAAGAAGCGAUCGUCAAGGAGAAGUGGCUGGGUGAGAAUGACUGGAUGUUUUGGAGCGGCUGGGGUAAAGACGAGACUUUGAAGAUAAUAGCUGAGAGUGGAUUGGAGGCCGUAGUUAGUGACGUAAGGACCGAUGUGGUUGACGCCUCGUUUCUUUGGGUCAUAGCGAGGAGAUGAUGCGGUUUAGCGAUAUGAUCGCUGCUCCUUUCUAUUGACAUAGGUAUCAAGUGCUAGUACGUGUAUGAUUAUCUUCUAGUAUCUUAUCGCGUAGAGGAAAAUAGCGGUAAAUAUAUAAAGGUACACAACACACUUCAACAUUAAACCUCCGACAUUCGAAGAAUACAACUGUAAGGACCUAGGCAGUUGGCUUCUG